AUGUCUGCCGACAAAGGCACUCAGAUCACCGCCGUGUCAUGGAGUUUCGGCAGCAUGGCAAUCAUUGUGGUCGGUAUUCGAUUGUAUACCCGGCUGCUCCUGACUCGGAAAGCGGGCUGGGAUGACUUUUUCAUCCUUCUCUCACUGUUAAGCGCGAUUGUAUGUUCAGGACUGGCUCAAACCGGCGUCCACUAUGGGCUGGGGAAGCACAUGUCGGACAUUCCCAACGCGGAAUGGAGAAUCGAGGCCUACAAGUACACCGUCAUUGCACCCAACUUCUCCAUGGUCAGCACCACAACUGGCAAACUAUCGGUAGCUGUCUUCCUGCUGCGAUUGAUGGGACAGGCGGCCACUCCGGCGAAACGAUGGUUCUUAUACAUUUUCAGUCUGAUUUCCAUUGCUUGGAAUGUGUUGGCUUUUGUUGCCAUCAUGGGUUUCUGUCGCCCCCCAGAGAAGAUCUGGCGGCCUGAGGUUCCUGGUUCCUGUUUUAGCGUGGAAUUUCAGUUGGUAGCUGGCAUAUCCCAAGCAUCGUUCAACGCUUUCGCCGAUCUUACCUUGGCUUUAUUCCCGAUCAUUAUCUUCUGGUCUGUACAGCUGCCCUGGAGGAUGAAGGUAGGUGUUAUAGCGGUUAUGGGCGCGGGUAUUCUG